GUGUUCCCCCCCUUUGGUGACUAGUGGAGAUAAUCCUGCACCUUCCGCAUUCAAAUGUCUGCCCACAAACUGCCCCUUACUCCAACUAAUUGGAUGUUUUUAUUUAAAAAAAAAAAAACAUCCCCGUUGGGGUCAAAACAUUUCAUGGGUAGGAACCAAUAACGUCUUGGCGCUAAGAGACACCCGGAUUGUAUUUUUGGGCGGACAAUAACAUAGGCCAACUGUCUCGAGACUAUUAUACGUAGAUAGCUGUCAUAAUUGUUAAAAAAAAACGGUGGGUUUAAGCAGGUUGUCGUUCGGGCCACUUUGACAAGAAAGAGUCCAAAGGUGAAUAAAUGUCUGAAUCUUCAGAACUGCCUACUACAAAGGAAGAGGAGGAAACUACAUCUGAACCAGAGGAGCAAUCCGACGAUAGUAGUGAGGAGGAAGCAGCUGGAAACUCAGAGAUGGACUUCCUGCGGAACCUGUUUUCUCGCACUCUGGGCCUCGGCUCAACUGAGAAGGUUUUGGAUGAUUUGACCCUGGAGGGAGUGGCACAAUACAUUCUAAGUGGCAAAUGUAAAAAUAUCAUCUGCAUGGCUGGAGCAGGCAUAUCUACAUCGGCUGGGAUUCCUGAUUUUCGCUCACCUGGUACUGGCCUGUAUGCAAACCUGCAGAAAUAUAACCUUCCCUAUCCAGAGGCCAUCUUCCAGAUUGAUUAUUUCAAGAAACAUCCAGAGCCCUUCUUUGCCUUGGCCAGGGAGCUUUAUCCAGGACAGUUUAAGCCGACCGUCUGUCACUACUUCAUGAAGCUGCUGAAAGACAAGGGUCUCCUGAAACGCUGCUACACACAGAAUAUUGACACCCUGGAGCGUGUGGCCGGGCUUGAGAGCGGUGAUCUAAUUGAAGCUCAUGGAACCUUUUACACAUCCCACUGCGUCAAGUUCACUUGCCGCAAAGAGUACAACCUGGACUGGAUGAAAGAAAAAAUAUUUUCCGAUGACAUUCCCAAAUGCGAGAAAUGCAGCAGUCUGGUCAAACCAGAUAUUGUCUUCUUUGGAGAGAGCCUACCUGUACGGUUCUUCACCUCGAUGAAGAUGGACUUCCCCCGUUGUGAUCUUCUCAUCGUCAUGGGCACGUCUCUGCAGGUCCAGCCUUUUGCAAGUCUGGUCAGCAGGGUUUCAAAAAGCUGCCCCAGGCUGCUCAUCAACAUGGAAAAGACAGGCCGGUCUGACCCUAUGUUAGGUCUGCUGGGUUUUGGAGGAGGAAUGGACUUUGACUCAGACAAGGCUUACAGAGAUGUUGCUCAUAUCAGCACAUGUGAUGACGGCUGUAUGGCACUAGCUGAGCUGCUGGGAUGGAAGGCUGAGCUGGAAGAAUUAGUGAAACGUGAGCAUGCCAGAAUCGAAAAGCAGGACAAGGAAGCAAAGUCGAGUGAGAGCCAAGGAGCAAGUUCCUCUUCAGGGACACCAGGGUCCACAUAAGAAGUGUGAUCAUUUGGAAGUUGGUGGUGGUUGAAGGAGAUAAAUAUAUCUAUAUUUAUUGUUUACAAAUGAAGCUUUGUGUUCAGACUGCAUGUAUUACAACUAAAACACACUCACAGAAUUCCUCUGGCAUGCCAUUGAUUUUUUUCUUUUAGCACUUCAAUAACAAAACUUAUGUCUGAUUUUCAUUGUUUGGUACCUUGUAUGUGUUCCUCUAUGGUCUACAUAGAAGGUUUUUACUGCAAUGGAUUUUAGUGUGUGGAUAGUCGGUUUACUAAACAAAUUGGGAGCAGAUUCACUGAUGCCUCAUCAUACUGGCUAAUCAUGCUGUUCUCUUGUAUCUAACAUUAUUUCUCUUGUUAGUCUUAAUAACAAUGGAUGUCUUUGUCAGUAAAGUGGAGUGUGGGCCAUCAGUAAGGAGUGAGUGAUGUGGCAGUUUUAAAAUGCCUAAUUUUGUUCUUUGCUUCGACAGCUAGGCAUUGAUGAGAUGAAGUUUUGCUUCUAAUAUUGAGCAACACACUGUGUGUGUGUGUGUGUGUGUUGAGAAAAAUAAUGGCGUGGCAUCCAUUAACAGGCUCACUGUAAACUGUGUGCAACAUCUCUUAUGUGGGCAAAUUCAAUAUUAACAUAUGCACAAAAAUAAUGGAAACUAAUGCAAUAAAUUUUACCUUUGUAAAACUCA